AUGUGGAGCUCAAAGCCACGGACAGACGCCCAGUAUGAACCUGCCCCACUGCCACCUGUACACUUCCUACUGGAGGCAACCUCUGACAUCUGGGUCAAUACCAGGCCCGACACAAGGGACAUAGAUUUUUUGUGGAUGUCAGAGAGAUCAGGAUACCGCCAUCUCUAUAGGGUCACUUCAUCUCUAGCUCACCUUGGGAGACUCAGCAAACAGAUCUGGGUGGACGAAACACGAGGCCUGAUCUACUUCCUGGGACUUAAGAACACUCCACUAGCAACACACCUGUAUGUAGUCUCCUACCAGACCCCGGGUCCUGUCUACAGACUCACAUAGCUUGGGUACACUCACAACGCCACACUGGAUAAGGCGUGCUCCAUUUUUGUGACAGUGUUCAGCGCUGUGAACUCAGCUCCACAGUCUGCUCUGUACAGAAUAGAGAUCUCACCCCAGUCUGUACAGACUCAACGCCUGACCAUUAUCACAUUAUCCACAGACUUCCCUGACUACAGCUACCCAGAGAUGUUCAACUACAAGAGCAAGUCAGGCCACACAAUGUAUGGGAUGUACUACCGGCCCCACAAUUACCAGCAAGGGGUCAAGUACCCCACAGUGCUGUUUGUGUAUGGAGGACCGCAUGCACAGCUGGUGACCAACUCCUUCAAAGGGCUCAAGAAUGUACGACUACACACACUCGCGGCGGAAGGUUUUGUUGUUGUCAUUAUUGAUGGUAGAGGCUCGUGUAGUCGAGGGAUCAAGUUUGAAAGCCAUAUUAAAAACAGACGGGGCACUACAGAGAUAGAGGAUCAAGUGGAGGGUUUGCAGUGGCUGGCAUCACAUGUAAAUUUUAUAGACAAAGAUAGGAUAGCAAUACACGGAUGGUCUUAUGGUGGCUACCUCUCCUUAAUGGGCCUGGCUCAGAGGCCGGAUAUAUUCAAGGUGUCUAUAGCGGGUGCCCCGGUUGUAGACUGGCACCUGUACGACACUGGAUACACGAAGCGGUACAUGGACCUGCCCACUAACAACCUGUAUGGGUAUCACCGUGGCAACGUGCUCACAUAUGUGGACAGCUUACCUGAAGAUGAGAAUCUUCUACUGAUCGUUCAUGGUUUGAUGGAUGAGAAUGUCCACUUCUUACACACGAGCAAACUGGUGAACGCUCUAGUGAAGGCCUGCAAACCACACACUCUACAGUUGUAUCCCAAUGAGAGACAUGGCAUCCGAAGUCACGAGGCGUCCGAACACUACCGCGUCUUGGUGCUUAACUUCCUAAAACAGAACCUGUGAUAUGUACAAAUAACUUAAACGAUUAGUCUUAGAUACACAGUACAGAACACGCAGAGUGGUGAUGGAAACCUUUGAUACAACACGAAACAAGAAACAAUUCAAGUUGUCAUGGAAACACAGUUCAGAAAACUUCAUACACAGGACAGAGUGUGAUAAACAGAGAAGUUAAUGAAACUCUUUCAGUUGUAUUGGUUAAUGUUAGAGUAGAUUUGGAAACUUUUUACCGCAGAAAAACACUUUGUUACAGAUGGAAUCUGUACUAUGCAGUCAUCGUGUGUCAUUUGAUACACCAAAAUUAAAACCAGUACAAUUCACACUGUCUCACAUUCAGCUUUAGAAUGUUAACUGAUUGUACUGUUCAUUAAUAAUUGGGACGUGCUCUGCAAUAAAGGGGGUUUAAAGCAUGUGCGUUAAAUAACUUCCCAGAUAAGCCUGUGCAGUCUGCACAGGCUAAUCAGGGACGACACUUCCCGACUAAACUUGAUUUUUGCUAAGGAGUGACUUUCUUUAAACGAAAAAUAUAAAAAGCAGAAAGUUCCUUCCCUGAUUAGCUUGUGCAGACUGAAAAGACUUGGACAGCAUUUUACACACAAGCAUUAAACCCCUUGGUCACAGAGCACAGACAUGUAUAUUGGGUAAACACAUGCUAAUUAAUUUAUUAAAUGAUAUAUUGAAUGCAUUUACUUAUAAAUAAGACACAAUUUUGUUGGUUUUUAUGUUGAUUUGGUAAAAUCAAGAUAUUUAUCUAUUAUCAUACACAGAUGUUGAUUUUACCAACUAAUUGUAUCUAUUGAUGGCACCUUUUUUAGCAAUGAAAUUUUU